GAAGAGGCUGCCCCUAAAUGUUUUUGGGGAGAGCAGCAGGCCUCGGACUCCGGGGGCCAUGGAAUCAGGUCAGUGACGGAGGCUUGCAUGCUCCAGGGUAAUGGUGGCCACCCCAGUCAUCAUGGCCGCUUCACCACAGCUCGCUCGCAAGGUGGCCGCCAGUUCACAGCCCGCUCGCAAGAUUGCCACCAGUCCACAGCAUGCUCACAAGAUGUCCACCAGUCCAGAGCCCGCACGCAAGAUGGCUGCCAGUCCAAAGCCGCCUCGCAAGAUGGCCGCCAGCCCAGAGCCCAUUUACAAGAGGGCCACCAGCCCAGAACCUCUAGCCAUCAUGGUCGCUUCACCGGUGUUCCCAAGUCCGGUGGUUCCGGAGGCAUCUGUUCCUGAGGUCCUGUCACUGGAGUCAGCUCUGUCGGUUGUGGCUGCAGCUUUGAGGUGUGUCUGGGCUGUGCACUGCUCUUCCACUCCAGAGGCCGUGGGCAGGAUAGCUGCCACUACAAAGGUAAUUUCUGAACCUGCUGAGCUUCCUGCCUGCACCAAGAUGGCUGCUUCUGAGUCUCCCAAGCUCCCUGCCUCAUCCAAGAUUGACGCCUCUGAGCUCCCUGCCUCAUCCAAGAUGUUUGCCUCUGAGUUCCCUGCCUCGUCCAAGAUGGGUGCCUCUGAGCUCCCUGCCUCAUCCAAGAUGGGUGCCUCUGAGCUCCCUGCCUCGUCUAAGAUGGCCGCUUCUGAGCUCCCUGCCUCAUCUAAGAUGGGCGCUUCUGAGCUUCCUGCCUCAUCUAAGAUGAACGCGACUGAGUUCCCUACCUCUUGUAAGGUGUCCACCACUGGACUUCCAGCCCAGCCUGCGCCUCCCUGGCCACCUGAUCCAACUCUGCACGACAUCCCAGGCCCGCCUCUGCAUGAUGGCCCAGGCCCGCCUCUGCACGACGACCCAGGCCCGCCUCUGCACGACGACCCAGGCCCAGGCCCGCCUCUGCACCACGGCCCAGGCCCGCCUCUGCACCACGGCCCAGGUCCGCCUCUGCACCACGGCCCAGGUCCGCCUCUGCUCCACGGCCCAGACAGAUCAACAGUAUGCAAAUGGUGUAGCUGACAACCUUAAGCACCUCUUUCCAGGUGAGAUUCAAUCCGGGCUGCUCGAGAUAAUCUCUCCUUCCAUCCAUUUUUAUCCAGACUUCUCUCACCUCAAAGAGUCAUUUGGUGACCCUAAAGAACGAGUCAG